AUGCUGCAAUUAUACUUAGAUUAUCAGUUUUCUUUGGCGAAAAUUGGGCAAAUUUUUGGUGUAUCUAGCAAGACAAUCCAAAGACGAAUAACAGAGUAUGAUUUGAAAAAAGUUGACUUCACUAAUGUGUCAGACAACGAGCUUGACAAUCAGAUGUAAGUAAUCAGGUUUAUCUUGUUUCAUCAGUAUUCUCAUAUAUAGCUGAAAGUGUCUACGACCUUCCCCUUAAGUUUAUUGUAGACUAAAAUUCAAUCAGAGCUUCAAAUGAAUCAGAAACUCCAAUGAUUGUGCAAAUUAUUUUAAAAAAAGUCAAAGGGAUAUGAUGAAUAUGUGACUUACACUCAUUUUCCUGUGUGGAACACAUCUAACUGGUGUUGAUAAAAGGUAAUUAUCAUUCAGAAAGGUCGUAGUAGACUUUGUAUUUUAAUACAGAAGUGAUGUUGUCGCUCAAGGGUCAAUUAUGAAAUCCUUAUCCUCUUUUUUAAAUUGGGUUGGUCAGCCAUGAUGGGAAAGCAAGGAGACUUCAUGGGCAGGGCUUGACACAAACCUUUUGCACCAAUUUAGUCUGCUUGCACGUUUAUGUGUAACUUGCAUGUCAUUAUGUGAAAUGUGUGUUUUUGUUUAGCUUUAAUAUUUUGGCAAUGUUCCCCAACUGUGGAUACAGAAGAAUGCGUGGCUUUUUGAGAGCAAAAGGACUACAUGUCCAGUGGCGUCGGAUUCAAGACAGCAUGAGACGUGUUUGUCCGGAGGGAAUUCUGAUGCGCGCCCUUCAACUUACUACGGUUGAAAGACGAAUUUACACUGUGAGAUCACCCUUAUCCCUUUGGCACAUUGAUGGGAAUCAUAAACUCAUCAGGUAAGUCUCUACAACUAUUAAAGUGCAAUUUGAACUUAAUCUGUGCAAUUAGCAUAACACAUGAACAGAUGAGAAGGAAAGUGGCAAGAAAAGGUUAAAAUUCUGAAUCUCUGAUUGGACCAAAAUUGUUUACUUGUUCAGGCUGAAACUCUAGGUCUACGUUUUGUACAUUUCUAAUUUAAGUCGUGAAUGUGCAGAAUUAUCUUGAAUGGCUUGUUGUGGAAAUUAGGUAUAAAGCACUUUAAAAAUACCAUAGUUUUGAUGUGCCCAGAAUUCUUGAGGCAGUAUGCAGCCCUUGCGAGCACUUACAGGAGUGGCUGAGAACAAAAAACAAAGACAAUGGAACCAGGCCUGCAAAAAAAUAAAGCUACAUGCUAUCGAGAUCUGAUGAAUUAAGAGGUUCUAAAGAGCUGCAUACUAUCCAGGCAUGCAAGGGACUAUAAAUCAUUUAUUAUUGUAAGACCUUGAGACCACCUUUGUUUGAAUUCUUAGAUGGGGUUUUGUUGUCCACGGUGGGAUUGAUGGGUAUUCACGCCAGAUUACAUACCUCAGAUGUAAUUGUGACAACAAAGCUCAGACAGUUCUUAAACUGUUCCUUGAUGCAGUAGAAGUUUUUGGAUUGCCUUCCAGAGUUCGUGGUGACAAAGGAGUAGAAAAUGUCGACAUUGCUUGGUUUAUGUUCACUCAUCCCCUAAGAGGCCCUGAUAGAGGCAGCUUCAUUGCUGGAAGGAGCUGCCAUAACCAACGAAUAGAACGACUCUGGCGAGACGUUUUCAGUGGAUGUCUCUAUAUAUUUUACAGCCUCUUUCAGUACAUGGAAAACGAGGGGCUGCUUGACAUAGGAAAUGAUGUUCAUUUGUUUGCACUUAGAUAUGUGUUUAAAGAGAGGAUCAACAGUAGUCUAAAGGUUUUUGCUGAGGGGUGGAAUCAUCAUCCAUUGUCAACCGAGGGCAAUAUGUCUCCAGCUCAGCUUUGGGUUUGGGGUCUUCGUCAACAACUGAUUGAUUUGGAUUUGGAGCAGGUAAAUUGUGAUAUUGUGGUAAAGUUGCAAAUUCGUAUUUCAGUUAUCCCGAGUAUACAAAAGGCUGCCCAAGCAAUUCUCAAAAAAUAACUGUAAUCUCCAAUAAUAUUGUAAUUUAUCAACAUGCAACAAGAUGAAGAACAAUAGCAACAUGUUAAAAAAUAAUGUUCAUAACUUAGAUGUCGGGCUCUUUAAAACUUAACCAAAAAUCUUGACAAAUGUAACAGAUGUAUUGUACUACUGUAUGGAUAGAGAUCACUAGUUAGUUCUUGUCAUAAAACAGAUGUGUUAUCAACUAAUGAAGGAGUGCCUGGAAUAACACCUUAACUGACUUCUGAAAAACUUUAACAUUUCUAUAUGCUUUUGAAUGAAAAAGAGAAUUGGACAUUAGAUAGUGGGUCACUUGGGGGUAUUAUUCCACAAACCCCUUCAUUAUCUAUGACUUGCUUAUUUCCUGCAGCAUGAAAUUGAACAUUAUGGCAUUGAUCAUGAUGGGCCCUUGCCUAAUCAAGCAUGGGGUAGAGAUUCAUCUGACACUGGUGCAGUAGAAGUCCCAGAAGUUGACCUGUCUAUUUCUUCAGAAGAGCUACAGCAUCACCUGAUGGAGAUCAACCCAAUGGCUAAUAGCCAAACUUUUGGAAUUGACAUAUAUUUACAAGUUGUUGACUGCUUACAUAGCCUCCUAGGCGUGCCAUAG